AUGGGAAAACGGCCGCGUGCCGUCACUGGUCACCAAUCUGCCCCCGUUCGUGAAGCAAACAACUUGCACGACACACACAUCAUGGCAGGCAAGGCCCACCACCCUAUCCACAUCCACCCGGUCCGACCGCUGUAUCGCUUCACGGCCACUGCCCUGGGCGCCAGCAUGUGGUUCUUCCUCAUGUACCGAGCCAAGAAGGACGGUCCGGCCCUGCUGGGCUGGAAGCACCCAUGGGACCACUAG